UUGAUCAUCUAUCUUGCAGGGUUGUAACAAUAUGGAGAGUGACCUGAAGCCCCAGGAUCAAAAGGACUUAGACAAGUUUAUUAAGUUCUUUGCACUUAAGACUGUCCAGGUGAUAGUCCAAGCCAGGCUGGGAGAGAAGAUCUGCACUCGCUCGUCAUCAUCGCCUACUGGAUCUGACUGGUUUAAUUUGGCCAUCAAAGACAUCCCAGAGGUUACCCAUGAAGCCAAAAAGGCACUGGCUGGCCAGCUUCCAGGCAUCGGGCGCUCCAUGUGUGUUGAGAUCUCUCUGAAGACAUCAGAGGGGGACUCGAUGGAGUUAGAGACUUGGUGCCUGGAGAUGAAUGAAAAGUGA